UGGUAAAAGUGGUGAGUCUGCAGCAAAGGCUGGAGGAGGCCAAGCGCAAUGACCUGCAUGAAGCUCUGGGCAUCUGUGAGCAGCUUGGGGACCUGUUCUCCAAAUCUGGAGACUUCCCCAAAGCAGCUGAGGCCUACCAGAAACAGUUGCAGUUUGCCAAAUCUGUGAAGAUACCAAACCAGGAGUUGGCUGUCAUUCACGUCUCACUGGCUGCCACCUUUGGGGACUUGAAGAACUACAGUUGGGCUGUGGAGCACUAUGAGGAAGAACUGAGGUUACGGAGGGGCAACCCACUAGAGGAGGCAAAGACCUGGUUGAAUAUUGCCUUAUCCAAGGAAGAGGCUGGUAAGCCCUAUGAGGAACUGGAACCAUGUUUCCAGAAUGCUCUCCAAUGUUCACAGGAGGCCAAGAAGCCUUGGCUACAGCGGCAGAUCCUGCAGCACCUCCAUGCUAUACAGCUGAAAUACCAGCCCCUUGAAGCCCCCAACACUGCUUCCAAGCUGCAGGAGCUAAACUGUACAGAAGGCUGGAGCCCAUCCAAGGAUGAUAUCAGUGAGGAAGAGGAGGAAGAGGAGCUGGAGAAUAGUGAGACCUUGGAGGACAGUGACAUAGAACUAUCUGAAAGUGAGAAUGAAGGUGCUGAGGAGGAAAUGGAGAGCUAUGGACAGACUGGCCCUGGCCGUCGAAGACUAAAUAAGUGGAAUCGUCGAAAUGAUAUGGGGGAGACAAUGUUGCAUCGAGCAUGUAUUGAUGGGCAGUAUCGCCGAGUCUGUGACCUUGUGGAACAGGGUCAUCCUCUGAAUCCCCGAGACUACUGUGGCUGGACUCCCUUACAUGAAGCUUGCAACCAUGGGCAUUUAGAGAUUGUUCGCUUCCUGCUGGACCAUGGUGCUGCAGUGGACGAUCCUGGGGGUCCAGGCUGUGAGGGUAUCACUCCUCUUCAUGAUGCACUUAACUGUGGUCAUUUUGAGGUGGCUGAGCUAUUAAUAGAGAGGAGAGCAUCAGUCACUGCAAAAAACAGCAAGGGUCAUACCCCUCGGGAGACCCUCCGGCAGUGGGUCAAACUCUAUGGAAAGGAUUUAGAUCAGGAAACCCGUCAAAAAGCCCAAGCUAUGGAAAAAUUGCUUCAGCAAGCAGCCAUGGAAAAAUUGCACCGGACAGCUUCACUGGGCCAAGCAUCCCAAGGCUCUCUUACUCCACAAACCAUCCAAACCAAUUCUCUGUUUGACCCUGAGACUUCACCUUCUUCCAGCCCCGUCAGGUCUUCCCAUUUCUUGGCCAAAUCAGAGGCUCAGCAUCCUUUUAUUGGGAACAGGUCCCUUAAUAAGCCCUUGACCUCCCCAGAACAAGGAUUAGGUAUUACCAGGCCACAGAGUUAUCAUGUUGGAGGUGAGGCCAGUAGCUCUGAAGGGGACGAUGAUAAGGUCCCAUUCCAGCCAGUUAAGAAGAGACCAAGACUCCUUAACUUGGGGCAGCGAGCAGAAGGAGCAACACUGUGCUCUUCUGAGAGCACAGAGUCAAAUGUGGCAUCUGCUAGCCGGGCUGUGUACAAGGCAGCGAUCCGUGGUGUGGGCAGUGCCCAGGCCCGGCGCCUGUUCAAAACCAUAGCAAAAGGGCCAAGUCAGACACCUGUCGCCCAGUCAGCCCUCAUUCCUGAAGAAGAGUAUUUGAAUGGAGAUUGGCUGGAGGAUGAUUUAGAGUCGCACUGUGUUCGUCGCAAGAAAAGCCACUGUAUCCUAGACAAUGACUCAGACUGCACAUCUGAGCUAGAAAGUGAUGGUGAAACUAUUUGCUCAAGUUCUAAGCCACGUUCCCGACAAAGCCAACUCACUCGCAUUGUGGAUAAGACAGUGCUGGGCAGAACCAGUGGGAGCAGUAACUCAACAGGAGAAAAUCCCUCUGUCUCCAGGGUUUCAGAUAUCAGUGGAGAGAAUCCUUCAGCAGGAUACCUGCCAUGUUCAGUUGCACCCCCACCCAUACGGAUCCGGGUUCGUGUACAAGAUAAUGUCUUCCUUAUUCCAGUUCCCCAGAGUGAAAGACAUCCUGUGUCCUGGCUGGCAGACCAGGCAUCUCAACGAUACUAUCAGACGUGUGGGCUGCUAACCUGGCUUACUUUGAAAAAGGAAGGGGCCCUCUUAGCCCCUGAAGAUCUCAUCACUGAUGUUCUGCAGAGCAAUGAAGAGGUGCUGGCUGAAGUGAUCUCCUGUGACCUAACAUCCUUGACUGAUCGAUACCGAAAAGUUUGUCAAAACCUAAGGGAAGCUGAGAACCAGCUAAUUCUUCAGGCUCUGGAACAGCAGGGCUCAGGCCCCUCAUUCAGUGCUUGCUCCCUUGCCCUGCGUCCAGCCCAACUUACUCCAUUGCUUCGUGCCUUGAAGCUGCACACAUCACUCCGGGAGCUUCACCUGGUAGGGAAUCGACUUGGGAACAAUACAGCUGUGGAGUUGCUGUCCACUAUUAGCACCAUGCCUGGCCUGACUCUCCUUGAUCUCUCUUCUAACCAUCUGGGUCCUGAUGGCCUUCACCACCUUGCUAAUGGCCUCCCAAACCAUAGCACCUUCCAGAAUCUAGAGAAACUAAAUUUGAGUAUGAAUCCUUUGGGAGAUGGCUGUGUCCGAGCCCUAGCUUCCCUUCUUCAGUCCUGCCCUGCUCUCAGUACUCUGCGACUACAAGCCUGUGGCUUCACUUCAAACUUCCUGCAGAAUCAUCAGCACACCAUGGACAAUGCCUUGCAGGGUGCCCGGCACCUGAAGCUAUUGUCUCUGUCCUAUAACACACUGGGUGUCCCAGCCCUUGCUCGGGUUCUUCAGUGUGUGCCUCACCGUGUUCUAACUCAGCUGGAGCUUGGCUCUGUGAUGACCAACAGGAACAGCUCAGGAUUCAUGGAAUCUAUGCUCAGAUAUCUGACACAGGAAGGCUGUGCUCUGACACAUCUGAACCUGUCUGGCAACUACCUGAAUGAUGAAGCUGUAAGAAAUCUGAGCAGUUGUUGCAGCCUGGAAGAAAUUUUGUCAGCUCUUCAGGAAAGAAAUUCUGGCCUUGACUUCCUUGGUCUUUCAGGAUGCUCCAUUGAAGGCCCCUUGGGAAGCUGCACAUGGGAGAAAAUUACUUCCCAGCUUCAAGAGUUACAGCUGUGCUGCAGCAAAUUGAAACCUACUGACCAUCAAGCCCUAGGCCAGCAGUUGGCCUUCAAGCAGGGUCCUAGCUCCGUCAUACUGAAACACCACCACAAACUUUUCUUUGGACGCCAUUGAGCAGUAACAUCUCUUUUUUUCUCCUUCCAUUUAUGUACAAUAUCGGCUCCAAUAAGCCUGCCCAUGGCUUUUAGACUUUUAAAAUCCUCAAUAAAUCACUUCUUUUAUUUAUCUACAUCAUCCCCAUGCUAAUCUCUGUCUCAGCUUUUCAUUGCCUUUUCCCAUCUCACGACCCUAUUUGAAGGAAUCACUGAGGGCCUGUUGGAGAUUUGAUGUAUUUCUAGGACCCAAAUCUCUCUGGUCACCUAAAAUAGGGAUA